AUGACGCUGUCUGGUCCAAACACGGUGGAGGCCAAGAAGAGGAUGAUGUGGAGGUACCGUCUACCUGGCUAUGAGUUGAGGCUCCUAGAGGAACUACAGAGACAGAAGCACAACAGUCUCUACUGUGAUACCCUGUUACAGACCGAUGGAUUGUCAGUCCCGGCCCACAGCUGUGUCCUGGCUGCCCUGAGCCCCUACCUGUCCAAGGCCCUGUCCAACCAGUCAUCCCCCCUCCCGGCUGGGCAGAGAUGGCCACUCAAGCUCCAGGCUGUGAAGGCCCAGACCCUGCUGAAGCUGGUGGAUCUCCUGUACUCCGGAGAGCUGGAGGGAGAGGGCACCAUGGAACAAGAAGAGGUUAUGGCUGCUGCCUGUAAGCUGGGCAUAGGCCGCUUGGUGGAGGGGUGGAAGGACCGGGGGAGGGAGGGGGAGGAGGAGAGGAGGUGCAGUCUUAGAGACGUGGGGGUGCAGACGGAGGGAGGAGAGACACAGGUGGACGUGGGGGCGUUGGUGGAGACAGGGACACAGACUGUGGACUGUAAUGGAGGUAUUUACAUGACUUUCCUCAGUCCUCUCCCUGAUGCUCUCCCUACAUCCACAUCCACACCCUCACCUCCACCCCUCCUACUAGUCCAGAGCAGCAGUGAAGGGCAGCAGCACACAACUCACUUGGCACCCCCUUCCCUGAGUACCCAGAUUAUGACCCCCACUUUACACCCCAGUUCCACCCCACCCAGCGUCAAAGCAACGGUCAACUGUGGAACAGCUCCCUUUAGAACCCACCCUCGGACCUCCGAACCGGAGGUCACAAACCUCUCAUCGUCCUCUGUUGUCCUGAGCGGUGACAUGGUCGCCCCGAGUGACGAUUCGGACCACCCCACGACACCCCGGGAGAAGAGUGCCGUGCCAGAAUGCUCUGUGGCGGAGAACGGUGUGACGGAGAGGAGGAUGGAGAAGAAGCUGACAUCACACACUGGGAGAGCAGAGGAAGGAGGAACAGGGGAGUGUCUGGAGAAGAGAGGUGUGGUUGGGAGGAACUGGCUGACCGGACAGAGGCUGGAGAACACUCCGAUCUCCAUCAAGGUCAAGCUGAGGAGGAGGACCAGGGGACAGGUGUGGGAGCUGGUCAGUAGGCAGGAGACGGACGGAACCAUCUCACCUGGUCAGGGGCAGGAGACGGACGGAACCAUCUCACCUGGUCAGGGGCAGGAGACGGACGGAACCAUCUCACCUGGUCAGAGGCAGGAGACGGACGGAACCAUCUCACCUGGUCAGAGGCAGGAGACGGACGGAACCAUCUCACCUGGUCAGGGGCAGGAGACGGACGGAACCAUCUCACCUGGUCAGGGGCAGGAGACGGACGGAACCAUCUCACCUGGUCAGAGGCAGGAGACGGACGGAACCAUCUCACCUGGUCAGAGGCAGGAGACGGACGGAACCAUCUCACCUGGUCAGAGGCAGGAGACGGACGGAACCAUCUCACCUGGUCAGAGGCAGGAGACGGACGGAACCAUCUCACCUGGUCAGAGGCAGGAGACGGACGGAACCAUCUCACCUGGUCAGAGGCAGGAGACGGACAGAACCAUCUCACCUGGUCAGAGGCAGUUGGUCCUCGCUGCUCUGAAGAAGGAAACGCAUGAUCGCAUGAGGACAAGACGACUACCACGCCAGCCUCUCCCCCCACCCCAGUCCCCAGCCCUCCCCCCACCCCAGUCCCCAGCCCUCCCCCGGUGCUCUCCCCUCGACACAGCUUUCCUCACCCCUCCACCAGACCUCCACGUCUCCACUCCACCCCGAUCCCGCCCCAUCUCCAAAACCACCACCGCCCAGUCAACCUCCCUCAAACACUGCAGCUCCACCCAUCAUCCGACCCCACACCCAGCACAUGAACCGCAGCUCGCCUUGUCCCAGACUCCGGUAGAGGAAUCGGACGAACAGAUUGAGAAGAUGCUGGAAGACAUCAUGAUGGGGUUGAACAUACUGCCCCCUGUGGUUCUGGAUAGGGACUGCGACCACCGCCACCAUCUCCAAAGCCACGACAGACCGUCGGCCUGCUCCUGCUCGCAUCAUCCCGUCCACGCAAGGCAUUGUGGGAUGCACAGCGCCGUUGGCUCGGCUUCUCGUUGCGUGUGUUCCCAUGGCUACGCGACAGGAAGUGAUGAUGCGUCGUCGACUGAAACAGCCUUCCACUCCAUCACCUCCUCCCAUUUCGUCACCACGACAACCUCCUGCACCGUCACCCCUGACCUUUACCUGGACCCACAGCCUCUGACCCCUCACCAAUGCUCCACCUAUCACCCCUCCACCCCACUCUCUCACCCCCACUUCUCCUGUAAUGAUUACUCCUCUGACUGGGCCUCCUAUUGUUCAGGUGUCCAGUGCUCCUCUGAGAACGCCAAGAACCACCAGGAACUCCUGAUCCGGUUCCAGAACUCUCAAAACCAGGAACUCCAGAACCGGAACUCCAAGAGCCUGGUGGUUGGAUGUGGUGGCAGCAGCAGCAUCAUGCCAGUCCACUCAGGCUCUUCACCAAGGCCUCCCCACCACCACCAGUCCCUUCCUCAGAGCCAGGCCUCUCUACUUUACACAGGGGAAGAGGACCGAGAUCCAGGGUGCUGGAAGGGUUCUUCUGCCCAGAUGGGCAUUCCGUCGACAUACAGAGAACAUGUUUGUAAUCUGUCCUCUGCGGAUUGUCUGUCGACCAAUGGAGAGACCACUCCUAGUCAAGUGAAUGGAGACACUACUCCAAGUCAAGUGAAUGGAGAGGCCAUUCCUAGUCAGAGUCCAAGUCAGGCCAGUACGAAUCAGGAAGUUCCACAAGAAGAGGAACCAACGGCUGUCACCCCCGGUUUCCUACCCCCCUCUGAAACUGAUGCUUCUGAACCACAACACUCAGCAUGCCCACCAGAUGCCUCUCCCGGGAGAGGACUACGUUUCCCAGAACUCCUUUCACUGCUGUCUCUAGGAAGCGAAACCCAGCCUUCCCAAUCUCCUCCUCCACAUUGGGAAGAGCUACGCCUGCCAAAAUGUCUCUCACCCUUAAAUUCACCAGAACCCUUACCCCCACCAUCUUCGCUGAAACCCUUCCUUAAAUCCCCAUUCCGGCAUCCUGUAACUCCAUUCCAUAGAAUCCCUCAGCUGUCAAAGCUACCACCUUGGCUCUGCUGCACUCCGAGAAGACUACAGUUUCCACUCAGCUCCAUGAUUAACUCUCCACGCUCCCCAGGAAAUCUGUGUGAAUCUAAAAAAUGCCUUGGGUUGCCGUGGGAAUCCAACAACAACUCCGAGCAGAUGACUGAUGGUCAAGACAAGGCUAGCAACAACGCAAGACUGACCGGAAAAGAGGACGAGGAGGAGAGGAAAAGGAAGAGGGUCGCGACCACCACUGCGGGGCGAAGGCUUGAGAAACCAAAGGCGAAGAGAAGAGAGGGAGAUGAAACCUGGAAGCCCCACAGUAACAGGAAGAGAAUCCGUGUGAGGAGAAAGGAGGGUUUGGAGCCGGAGCAGGGGCGAAGGAUUGAGAAACCAAAAGCAAAGACCGGGAGGAGACAGGAGGAUGAAACCUGGAGUCACCACAGGAAGAGAAUCCGUGUGAGGAGAACAGAGGGUUUGAAAGUGGAGCAGGAACAAUCAGAGGACAGUGAGACCCCAGAGCCUCCUCGGAAAAAGAGGAAACGCAACGUCUCUACAAAGAUAGAAGAUAGUCCUUUAGUGAGGACUGAAAAGGUGAAACUCAACGACAGAACGAAGACUGAGAACGAACAAGUGAAAAUAAGCCUCUGCUCUGUCAGUCUGUCAACCAACAAUGUCUUAGCGAGCGAAAGAUUAGGACGGUACCUUUCCAACACCUCCACCAAGUCUUUGUCCAGCCUUGGUGAGGAAGCCAACCGACCUCCAGAAGGAACAAAGAUGCUGGGAAGGGAAACGGGGAACCCAGUAAGGGUGCUCCGAGCCAGGGAUCGAGAUGUGAAACGCCCUCCUAACGUUUGGACCGCAACCAGGAGCAGCUCCCCAGUAAAACUUAACCAAGAAGACAUGCAGUCGAACAUGUCUUCUGAAACUCCCAGUCCCUCCUUCUCCGGGUUUCAAGCUCUGGCCAAAGCAGUUGGACUGCUCCAAAUCCCACCAACACCACCCCCGAAACGGAAACGUGGUAGACCCCGUAAGAUACGACCAGGAAAAAAACAGGUUUCCCAGGCUGGUGGUUUAUUUCCCACCAGUGCCAUGACAACGGGCAUCCAUGACGCGGAAGCUGUUGAGCACAAAAAGGAAAGAGGAGGAGGAGAACUGCAGGGAAAGGAAAGAGGAGGAGGAGAACUGCAGGGAAAGGAAAGAGGAGGAGGAGAACUGCAGGGAAAUGAAAGAGGAGGAGGAGAACUGAGAAAGGAGGAGAACCUCAGGUAA